UCAAUUACUAAAUAAUUUUCAGAUAAAAAUGGGAAUACCGUAAGGUGUAAAGAUGAUAUCCAAUGUUUAAUUUGGAUACAAUUUUUAAGUAAAAACAAGUAUAUUUUAUGCUAAAAAGCAAAGUGAAAUUCAAGCAGAGGUUUAAUUUGAAAACAGUUUUUAAUUAGAAUGUAAAACUCAGUUAAGUGACGGAUAAAGUGAGAUUGAAAUUGAAAUUUAAUUCAUAAAUAAUUUUCAAAUAAAAAGAGAAAUAUCAUAUGUACGAAGAAGGAAAAAUAUAGCAAGAUGUAGGACGAUAUGAAUACAUCAGUGAAUAUUGGUAUAUAUUCGUCGAGGAUCUAGAAGCUGUAUUGGGUGUGUUUCAAGUAUUCGUUUGAAGGAACUAGCAACAAUUUUGAAGUUUGUGACUGCAACGGUACUCGAUCAAAAUAACUGCAUUUCAUUUUGAAAAUAUUUCUCUAUACGUACAAAUAUUUGCGUGUUAUGGCGAAGAAAUAUUCAUACAUACAUCGAUAACUGUCUAAAUGAACAUUUGAAUAUUGAUAUUCAGCUUCGAGUUGUGGAAAUACAAAUCUUGGCUCUGUUACGCGUAUAUUCCAAUCGAAAUCAAUGAUCGAGUAUAAUACGAAAAAGAAUUUUCGUCAGUAUAAAUGUUUGCUAAUUUUUGUCUACUAUCGAGCUUGGUAUUCCUGUAAAUAUUCUUCAUCGAAGAAAAAGAGCAUACUGAUACUUCCACGAGGUGAUAAGCUUUCAUUCUCUAGUUUACAAAAAUAAGAACAAGUUAUAUUAAAAUUCUGAUAUAAAUCAAUGUGUACAGUAACUAAAGAUUUCACGUAAACUUGAUUUCAAAAUAAAAAUAGAUCAUUUAAAGUUGGCUAUAAAGUAAAAAUAGAGAGCAAAGGAGGCCCCCAGGAAGAAAAAAUCACUACAUUUGACUAUAAAAAGAAGCCCUGUACAAAAUGAAAAUCAUUUAAAUGUAACCAUAAAACAAAAUAAGAUUGGCAAAUUAAAAAUCUUUUAAAUUUAACCGUGAAAUAAAAAAAUUAAGGAACUUCCUUACAAAGUAAAAAUCAAACGACAAAAAUCACGUUAAUAAAUCGUAUAAUCAAAAAGAAUCGAUCGAUAGGAAUCACGUUAAUCCAUCAUACAAUCGAUAGGGAUCAAACUAAUUGAAAUUUCCCGUAUAUGGUUAAAAAUAUCGAAACAUUAUGCUGUAAGUUAAAAGUCAACUGGGUCCAAACAUCGAGGUGAUCGUUUCGCUGAAAUCGUUAAGGGGGACGAAAAGUUUACGGUGGCCCUCGAGCUGCGAAGGUGAUCGAACCCGGUGCGGCGCAAGAACGAAAACUGCCUCGGCGUGUGCACGAGAGCGCGAGAACCGGAAACAUGAAGAACGCUCACCCGAUUAUAACAGCCACGUCGUCGUCGAGCCUGGUCAAUCCGGAUUCUUCGUCUUCCAAUGAACCUACGGAACCGAUCAUCAGAUUGAAGCUGGACAAGCCGCUCCACUGGGAGUGGGAGCUGACCACGUCCGCGGACAAGCUUCCUGUCAUCCAGCUGUUGGACAAGGAUGGUCGUCUUCUGGUCGAGACGACUGGACGAACAGCGCAGCGGGCCAGAGGCUCUUUUCGUGAAGGUCUCAGCUCGCACGAAGAGUUUCCAAGCAGCAGAUCCACAAGCGAGAAACCUUCCACCGUUCCUUCGUCCUUUUCAUCUUCCUCCACGUCUUCGACGAUUGCGCUUCCUGCUCAAGGGAACAGGAACGUGGACGGAUUCAGUACGAAGUUUGGGUCUGUUCAAUUUGGCUAUAAACCACGGAAAUCAAAAAGCGAGGUCACGGUGAAGGAGAAGGAGAAGAGAAAGAAGAGUAGACAUUCUGGUGGUUGCGAGAGCGCGUCAAGAGAGAGCGACGAGAAGGCAAAUUCGAAAAGGUAUUCCAUAGGAGAUUAUCUAAGACAGCAGAUUAUAGACGACCUAAGAAAUAAGAAUACCGUGGGAAAGAGCGCCGAGGAGAUCGCCAAGGAGAGGUGUAAGAAGGUGAAGGCUUAUCUGAGGAGUCAUAGCGAGACUCUGCCAAGAUUGGUACACGUGGAGGAAGAAGAAUCUAACGAGGACCCACAAUUAAAAAUUAAUGAGAACGACGAUGAGAUUCUUAGUCAGAGGAUCAAAGACGGUUUGACCCGUCUCAGAGAAGCAAUUAGGGAGGAAGAUGUGAGAAGCAAAAGAGGACGCAACGAUGAGAACAAUUCCGUGGACAACGAAUCGCACGAAGCUUCUGACGAGACUUUGAAACCGGAAGACACGAACGUCAGCAGGAAGAUUAAGAACGAAGAGCUAGAAAGGGUGAGAUCGUUUCUGAGAAGGAAGAUUCAACAGAGGAUGGAACUGGAACAGUCGAGGAGUUCGAGUCGGAGCAACACGCGUUCAGGCGUUGGAAUUCAGAAGAGGUACUCGGAUUACAGGCAGCCGGAGGAUCCGCGAGGUUAUCGUACCCGAAAGGUGCGCAGCGAGACGAGCGUCAUCAGGUUCGAUCCUGAGAUUCUUCAGAAGGACAGGCAGAAAGCGGGCAGCAGCAGGCAGAUCGAGAGGGAGAGAUCGUUGAGGGCCGACAGGUCGCGUUCCAAAGAUUCGUUCGGGCAAAAAGCGUACCGCCGUUCGAGGAGCGAGACGAUCCUCGAGGCCGCGGAAACGACUGGCACGAAUCGUCGACAAAGUUCCCAAACGAGGGAGCCCACGGAGAAACGGAAGCUCUACCGAAAAACAAAGAGCGACGUGUUGCUGGGUCAGAUGGGAGGCAGUCUGGACUCGGAGCAGGAGAAUCCUCCGAGGCGUGUCGGGUGCCAGGACACUGUCGAAGAGUCCUGGCGCCAGUACAAGGAGAGAAAGAAGCACGAGAGACAGCAUCGCGAAUCAGACGCCAGAGAAGUCAAAGAGGAAGACUUUAUGAGUAAACCGAGAUGGAAAGAUCUUCAGACGGAUCUGUGUUCUUUUAAGAAUUGCAAAAUCUGUCAGAACUUGCAGAAUUGCGUGAAUCCAUUACCGAAACAAGGAAACAGUCUCGAGAAUCAAGGAACUUUGGAGGAUGGUCGGGUUAACUUGGGCGAUUCGUUCACUGUGAUUUCUAACGACGCUUCUAACGACUCUGUCAACGAUAGGCCAAGUACCAGUUUACAGGAAAAUUAUCUGGUCGUUGAUAAGAAGCCCGACACGCCCAGGAAUCAUAUAUUAGCGAAGGUUCAAGCGAAGAAUCAUGAAACUAAUUCAUCUAACGUGAAUUCUCCGGAUUGUGGUUACAGCACAAUUCCCAAGAAGGCUUUCAAUGACUAUAAGGAGUUAUACACGCGGUCGACUGUGAAGAAAAGCGACACAUUCAAGAUCGUGGAUGGUAGCGAGGAAUUGCCAUCUUUGGGGGAAUGCGUGAAGCGAAAUGAGUCGAAAGGAAAUAUCGAUGAACAAUCUGCUGAUAAUACUGACUGUUCGAAUAGUGGAGGCGUGUUAACGAACAAAUCGAACGAAGACAUUGCUAGAGAUUACUUUAAGAGGGUGUACGAGCUGCUGAAAAGGAGGCAGGAGGAGGCGAAGAAGAUCGCGGAGAAACAGGAAGCGGCGGGUUGCGACGAUUCUUCGUCAUCUAAUUACAAGGAGAAAGUGCAAAAGAGGAGACUGCGGCGGAAGAAAAAGGAACGGGGCACGCAAGGCGAGGAAGUCGUAACCGUGCCUCCGGCGAGCGGAGGUCAGGACAGUUGGAAAGUGCAGAGGCUUUCGUUGAGCGGUGAAUCGCCCAACAACCGUCGUAAAGGCUGUCGUCCUCAACUGCAGCCAGGUAGCAAGCGUACACGGCCGGCGCCCGCUACACCGGCGUUAUCCUGCAAGGUCAAUGCCAAGGACAUCGACGAGUACCUCGACUGGCCGAACAAGGAAAACACGCCCGGAAAUGCCGUGAACGCUGCCGAGGGGACGACAGAGGCACAGAUCGAGAACGACAGUCCCAACAUGGGGUCGAAUUUGAGUCGACACAAUGGAAAGGGCCUAACCGGCCGUAGAACGCAGUCGUCGGGAAAUUUGUGCGAUCCCAAAGGAAAAUUGAACAGUAUGGGCAAGAUACUGAUGCCGUGUUCGAGUGCACAGAGAGAGAGAUAUAAAUUCUGUGGCUCGUUGCCCAAUCAUCUAGAUGACAAGGACGUGCUGGACGACGAUCCAAAGGAAAAUAAUAACGUAAUGACGGAUACUAUCACCGGGAAUCUUGGUGGAACUCUGCCACACAAGAAACGAUCGUUGGGCGUACAUUUUUCAGACGGUGGACCAACUGGAACUCUAGAUCUCGUGAAACAUCGAUCGCAAGACUCUCUCGAUGAAAAUGAUCCUUGGAGGUACCAGCAGAGUGACCUUGACCUGGUGAGGUGUCGCCAUGGAAAUUUCGACUCUGUGAGAAGAAAUCGUAGCGUCGACACGGUAUCUGGCGAUUCGACAAGAAGGUAUACUCGGGACACGUCCCUGGAGGACAGAUGUCACCGAAAUUCGGAUCUCGAUUUGGUGGGCACGCUGCCGAAACGGAAGCAGGAAAGUAGAAACGGCGGGAAGGCGUCAGAUACGAACUCUUCGACCUCGCAGCCGCGCAUCCCUGACGCCACAGAUAACGAUCUACUGAUGCAGAUCGUGCAUAAGCCUGAUUGCGAGUUGGUCAGGCAUCGACAACAGUUUAGCAAGUGCAUCGAUUUGAAGUUGAGCAAACUGGCUGGCGGGGAACCGCAGGAUCAAGGUUACGCGUCCGAACGGUCACCCGAGGACGAACAUCCGCCCUCGUUGCCUGGACAGCCGUUCCCAAAUAUAACGCCUGAGAGUACGUUCCGAGUGACGUUGCAGAAAAGCAGCAGAGGACUUGGCUUGAGCGUUUCCGGUGGUGGGACUGCCGGCCCUGUUAGGGUAAAAAGACUAUUUCCUCAACAACCGGCAGCCUUAUCCAACAAACUUCAACCUGGCGAUAUACUUCUGGCUGCCAAUGGAAUUCCUUUAACCGGCCUCACUAACUAUGAGGCCCUCGAAGUUCUACGAACGACACCCAAUACCGUCGAGUUGGUGGUGUGUCGACUUCCGGGUGAUACGAGUGUCACACCACCGGGUGCACCGCCGCCACCCCCGGCAAGGCGCGAGCCACCACCACCAUUGCGAAUACUCAACCCCCUGCCACCUCUUCAAAUCGAGCCCUGCGGCGAAUUCGACAUAGAAAUGACAAAGGUCGGUGGAAGUCUGGGUUUCACUCUGAGGAAGGCAGACAGCAGCGCUCUGGGUCAUUACGUGAGGGCAUUAGUACGGGAGCCGGCGUUAAGCGACGGCAGAAUUCGACCUGGAGACAAAAUAGUCGCCGUGGACGGUGCACCGUUGUCUCCCAUGAGCCACGAAGAGGCCGUCCAAUUGCUGCGACAAUGUGGCCCGACCGUGAGACUUCGAUUGUACAGAGAUCUCGCGCAAACUCCUGUCUCCGCGCUUUCUCCGACCGAACCUGAUCAUCCACUCCGUCCACCGCGAACCAGUUUGAGACAGGAAGCCGUAGACAUGCUGUGUGAUCUAGCAGUUCGGAAGUUAUCACCAGGUACAUCAAGUGGGUCGAGUUGCAAGCAAUCAUCUGGAGCAUCUUGCAACUCUCCAAGAAGACUUCGUCGUCUUGCCACGCGUACGCCUACUGCCGAUAAUGAUCAAGAAACUCUGGAGAAGCAUCCGAGCGUGUACACGACAUCGACGGCCAGCCAAGCAGAGACAUCCGAUUCCGACCAGUGCUCGAUCAGGACGCAGAUAACGAAUUCUCAGCCAAACACACCUGGAACUGACAUAAUCGAUCCGCCACCGUUGUACGACGUUUGCGAUUCCAGCGAUUCCUCCAAGACACCGGCGCGCCCGAGUUUCCUCGAUCUGUCCGCACCUCAAGGGAAACCGCAUUUUCAGUUUUGCAACUUGGACUCGGAUCUCGAUUAUCCUGGCGGCGUGGACGCGAUCAUCGUGGAGGAUGAACUUGGAAACAAGGCAACCGAGACCGAUUACGAGCAUCUCGAACCGAACGUAUUGUCCAGCAACGAACACGACAGCGAUUUGCCUUCGGAGCCAGCUUCGAUGCCACCGUUGCUCUCCUCGACGAGCAGUUCGAGCGCCGCAGCAUUCAGCUACAAAAACCCGGCUUAUCAGAGCGCCAAUCCUGCCUGCGGCGCCGGCAUUGACACCGUGGCGAAAAACAAGGCUACACACUCCAGUGAUCAGGAUAUACCAGGGAAAAUCUUGGGAGCAGAAGAUCCCGCUGGCAGCAAGGGUUUGUUGAAGUGGAAAGGCGUGAUGUUCGCUCCAGAUGAUGGAAUAGAUAAAACUGAAAACAAAGAGCAGAAAAUCACGAACUUAGCUGCCCGCAUUAAAAAUGUUGAGCAAGGAAGUGAGGUGUUCAUGGUAGAGCUGACACGUGGUUGGAACAGUCGACUGGGAUUCAGCUUGCAACCGGAAGGAAACCGUACUGUUAUAUCAGUGGUGCACCCUGACAGCGUUGCAGCUAAGGAUGGUAGACUAAAACAAGGAGAUGUGCUUAUGAUGGUGAAUGACGAAAGCGUGGAACACAUGACAACAACUGAUAUAAUAGAUCUGUUGCGCAAAAUAAGAGGCUCCAUUGGUAUCACGGUGAUGAGACGAAGCAAACGAGAAAACUUAUCGUGACGUUAAUCAGAUGCAUAACUGAAAAACCUGAUAUUUAAAAAGUAGAAGAAAAAGAAGAACCUUUCAUGUCCAUCACAACACAUCUUUUAUUUUUCAUUUUUAAAAGUAACAUCCAACUUACGAACGAAAUAUCAUGACAAAGGUCAAUUCCUCCGACUUUGUUUCAAUAUGAAUGUUAUUCGCUCAUUCAUUCGUUAAUGUUUAUAAAUGUAAAUGGAGUCGAAGCGCGUUGGUCAAGUGCAAUAUAUAAAUUUCGCUGUGAAUAAAAUUGUAAAUAUCGAAGCCUUAGAUGCAACUACAUUUUCAGACGGAAGACAGUCCACGCGAUUAGUGUGAAUUACAUUCGUAGUAAAACUCCAUCUGAUACUUAAAUUUAGCUAGCGUAUAUUUCAGAAAAUACAUUGUUAACGUAGGUCAGAAUAAUAAUAAGAUAUCCAGUGUGGUUUAUCCUUCGAAACGAACAUCCUUAGAGUUCAUUUAACGUAAUAAGACUGCUUUGAGAGUUUUAGAAUGUGGCGAAGGUAAAGGAGAAAUAAAAUGUUUGCCAUAUAGAUAUUUAUUUAAAAAAUACGAAGAUAUAAUAGGACUCUUUAUUUUUCCGUAAUUCUUUAAAAACUAGACACAAUUGGCCAUCGCUGUUGUACAAGCAGGAUAAUAUUUUUGUAAAGCUUUUGCUCUGGACGAAUACGUCUCUGUCCUUCAGAGGAUUUGAAACCAUAAAAAAGUUCUAUGUAUUAUCGUAAAAACUUUAUAUAUUUAUACAUCUUGUAUGAAUAUCGCAGAGAGACUAUUUAAAAUAUUUCAAACUUUAAUGAAAGAUGUUCUAAUGUCAUGGAAAAAUACCUUUGUUGAAAAUUAACUGUAGUAAAAAUUAUGCCAAUUGGCUUAAAUUUUAUAAAGAAAGAUUCUCGUUGCUACGUUUAUCAAUCUCAUAGAUAAAAUAAAUACACGUUUCUACAAGUUCGUUAACGGUGAGAAGCCUUUAAAUAUAAUAUCGUUAAACGGUUAAAAUCAAAAUUCGGAGGUCCUGUUAUUCGGAUUUUUUAGCAUGUUAGUUAAAAAUUUCAAUGGAGCGAUUAAAAUGCACGGUUUCGAAUCCUACAUUCAUUAAAAGUUAACAGAUUCGUCGACACGAUAUAAUUGCUUCUUGACAAUCCGACGAUUGUCCGCUGUAAUUAAACGAGAAUUUUCUUGAAUUCUAAGAAAAUGUUACAAUGUGAUUCAUCGUGAUAAUCUUUUGGACAAAACAAUAAAUAUGUUAGUAAGAAGAAAUUCUAUAAUAAAUAUUUUAAUUAGUAGUAAAAUAUUCCUUUAAUCGUGUAUACAAUUUCUUCGAUUAAUGUGCAUAAAACGCGCUUCUGUGCAGUGUCUGUAAAAAAACGGUCGGAAUUCCUCGGAACUUGAAUGAAAGCAAUCAUUUCAAACGUAAUAGAGGGAAGAAAGAAAUCAAACUGGGUAAUCAAAGAGUCAAUCAAACCAUCACGAAAAAUAUAUGAUGAUACAUAUAAAGAAAGUAAGUUGUUCAUCGCGUCGCUGAACCAUCGCACCCAUGUAAAUAACUGUAACAUAGUUUUAUCUUACGUUCCCAAAGUUUAAAAACGACAAGAUGCAACUCAAACAUUUCUAACAUAUCGUUGCAGAUUAGACCGCAUACCUGCACGUGCUUGCAAAGCGCAACAUGAGAGAUGCUUGCAGUGACAAAACACACUCGCAACUAACAUAUCACAUUUUCUUUCGAAUAACGUGUACCCAAUAAAUAAUUUCCUGUACAUAUAAUGUUAUAAAUGUUACAUGCGUAUAAUGUAAAUAAAAUCGAUAUGUUAUUUGGAAGAAAGUGUGACAUUUACUGUGCAAAUGUUAGACUACAAUAACAUUGUUAACUAAUGUUUCUCAGUGAAACGAUACUAUCCGUGUGUAUUAACUAAUGAUAAAAAGAAAUUGUAUGGAAUACAACCGUUAAACGUAUCGUAUUUAAGUCCUGUAUAAUAAAAGUUACUUAGGGCUGUUUCAAUUUUAGAGCUACGCUCUAGACAGUAGCUCACGCAAACGACGUAAUAAAACGCUUUUGCUUGACGCGGCAGAAAAGCGCAUAAGCUUCCCACGAUACGUAAAUUGUAAAACUUCACUUCCUAAAACUUGAUAUUUUUAAGCAAGCGAAAGAGCUUUUGUGUGCGCUUCACACUAUGCAGCUGUUUCUUUUUUCAUUUAUCAAACGACAUUUAUCGAACAACAUAAUAUCAAACAUUGUUCUAUAUUAAAUGGUAUUAAGCGGUAUGAACUUAAACUAUUGAUCUUACUUUAAAACGGCAUAAUCCUAUGCUCCAUGAAGUUUAUUUUUUAAGAAAAUAAACUUAUAGAUAUUUAUAUUUAAAAAUAAAUUUAUUAUUUCAACUUUAUAUAAUUUCCUAAAUCGAUCUUUAUGUUAUCAUUAAUUUACAUGUUUACAAAAAGUUUUACUAAAAAAUAAAAAAAAAUUAAAAUUUCUUUCAAUCAAUUUUUAUUGUGUUAUUAAGUAAAAGAAAAUCAAGUUAUAAAUCUCUUGUAUAUUUAACAAUAUUCUUCUUGUAUAUAUAUGUACAUUUGUUAUGUUCUUUAAGAAUAUGUAUUAUGGAUUUCUAUACACAGGGAAACUAAACAUGCUUGUAGUAUAUUUAGGAGUGUAGUAAACGUUGAGUAACUACCUCGCCUGAUGCCAUACCAUACAGCAGUGGUUCUCAAACAUUUUAUGCGUAACCGUCAAAAAAUGAAUUACAUAAAUCAAUAAACUACUCAAUAGUGUAGUAUACAAUAUUAUCAGAAUCUCUAACAAUCUAAACCUAUAAUUUUAUUAGAAAUUAAUAAGACAAUGAAAAUAUUAAAAAAAAAAAUUAUUUUUGAAAUAUUAAAGUAUAUAAAACAAAGUAAAUUACAUAUAAAAAAAGAUAUAACAUAUGAUAAUUUUAAAAUACAAGUCAAAAAGAUGAUAUAUAUUACAAUGUAGCUUAUUCACUGAAUUAAAGAAUAUAUUAAUAGUUUGUUAAUAAAGCUACAUGUAAUAGAACAUAAAAUAAUUAACUAUAUCUAAACAGAAUGUUAUUAUAUAUAAUAUUUAUAAAAAUGAAAUUUAUAAAAAUAUGAAGUUCACAAAUAUUACAAUUUUGGCUUCGCAAAAAAUAGUUUCAGAAACACUGCCAAAUAUGAAUAACAUUUAAUGUCAAAGGAUAUAUAACUAUUAGCGCAACCCAUUUAAAACUCUUAAAGAAAAUGUCAUUCCUAUUAAUGUUGCGCUUAUAUUUAUUUAGGAGAAAAAAACAAUACAUAUACACAUAUAAGAUUCAAUGUAAUAAAUAAAUCAUCAUCAUCAUAAAAUUAUAACAGUAUCUUUACGAAAGAAUUAAAAAUAAAGUGUUUCAUGAAUGUGAUAGUUGUUCCAUUAGAAUGUUAGAAGCUUUUAAAGUUCUAUUAUGUAGAAAAGAAACUAUAUUAGAAAAUAUAUACAUAAAAUGUACAUAAGAUUAUAUGUAUAAAUGAUACCAAAGUGUAUGAGAAAUAAAAUACAUAACAAAGACACAUAUUUUAUGCAUAAACAAUGUCAAAGACAGCUAUUUUAGUGUUAAGUAAGUUAGGCUUCUUAUAUUACUGUUAAUAUCUAUACAAAGGUGGGAUGUAAAAUUUUAUGUGGUUGUCAUCAUUUUACCAUUGUUGAUCCCUUUCUGAUCAAAAUACUGUAAUAUAUUCAAUAAAAUUUGGUGUCUUUGAUAAAUAA